AUCAUUUGAUCAAACAAUUGAAUGAAACGCAGCAUUCAUCAUCUACCAUAAAUUAAAAAAAAUGUCCGAUAAAACUCCUCAAACGGGCAGCUCCACCAACACAGAGGAAUCUGACCUGAUGAAUCAGCCGAUCAAUCUUGCACAGAUUCUGGAAAUUCUUCAAAAUUUUCAGAAUUUGGCACCCAAGGCCGAACCUACCGAGAGCCCUUCCAAUCAACCAUUAAAUAUGGCGGAAAAGCUAAAUGAUAGGAACUACGCCAUUUGGGCGCGCAAAAUGCGUCUGGAGUUGGAUGGGAGAGGGUGGCUCAAGCACAUCACUGCCACACCUCUCAAAUCUGAUGACCCCAAACUUAUCAAAUGGAGACAAGCAGAUUCAACGGUUAUAACAUGGAUUCUAGAAAACAUAGAAUCGGAUAUUGUCAAUCAAUGUAUCGAUUAUCCUACUGCUUGGGAUCUGUGGAAGGGAAUCGAAGCCACCUACGGCUCCGGGAAAGAUCCCUUGCAGGAAAUCGACAGGAGGCGACCCAACCCGAUGAAAUGCCCAGAGGAUAUGACGAUUUUCACACAAUUUCUACAAGCCAUAAACGAAGAGUUCGAUGUAGAAAAACGUGACAUACUCAAAACAGAUCCCCUCCCCUCCGCAGAAGAGGCAUACGCCGAAAUCACGAGGGAGGCUACCAAGAAAGGAAUAAUGAAGGGAGACGAUGGGUCUUCAUCGGGAGAUGUUCCCUUAGGUCUUGGCAGUGGGUUCGCAGCCACACGGGCUGGAUUGCGAUCGGAAAAAUCCCUGGUAUCGUCAUCUCGCAUAAAUGAGGACAAAUCAAAAUUGAAAUGUACCUACUGUGGCGAAACCAAACACACCGAAGAUGGGUGCUUCAAAAGAAUCAGGUACCCAGAUUGGUGGCCUGACAGCCGAAAGAGGGGGAAGAAGCUGUCUGGGGUCGCUGGGGCAGUGGUGGGCAAUCAAGAGACCACCAGCACCAUCGCCGUCCAAGCAUCUGAAAAUUUCGCCGGAAUCACCAUGAGUAAUGUCGAAGAAGGGAGCAGCGGCGUAAGAAGGAAAGGCAAAGAAGUUACGGGUAGGGGCGAAGUGACGGGUAGGGAUAUUCGGAUGGGUAAGAUCAUUGGGCGUGGUUCUGAGCGUAAUGGCCUGUACUAUGUUGAGGAAGUUGAUCACUACGGAACAUAUACGCUUUCUCAUGAGAUAGUGGACAUGCAGGCAUGUAGUCAGGGGGAGAAAAUUACGAAUGACUCUCUAGAGUUGUUACACAGCCUAGUCUUGCCACCUGAAACUGUCACAACCGAGGAAGUAAGUCACUCCGUGAGAUCAUCUUUUGAGAACAUUGAACAGUCCAAUAACUCAGAACUCAUGUCUGAUUCUUCUCCGUCUGAAAAGACUCCUGAGGGGUUCGCCGAUGCCACUGACAUGGUUGGACCCUCCAUCGAGGUCAUGAGACCUACCAGUACUCAAACUGCUCUAGACGCACCGUCGGGGUUCUUCACGGUCCAUCUGGCGUCUUUGAAGAAGGGGCUGCGCUUCCCACUCCACCCGUUGUUGAUCGAAUUCCUCAACGUGGUGGACCUUCUCCCAUGCCAACUGGUCCCCAACUCUCACCGGUACAUCGCCGGUUACCUGGUCCGGUGCAAGGAUGUAGGGGUGAAGCCGACCUUGGACCAUUUCAUAUUCACCUUCAAACUGACCAAGGGCCAUAAAGAUUGGGCGUCCUAUGCCAGUCUUUCCCAGAGGUCCAGUAAACUCUUUGCUAGUGAUAAGAAGGGGUCAACCAAAGACUGGAAGCCUUUCUUUGUCUUCAUUUCGACGGGGCCCGAAUCUCCUUUCACGGGUUCAGGGCGCCCUUCCUUCCGCCGCAUCCCACGCCCCCCACCUGAUGCCACCCUUUUGUCUAUCACUCGCCAAUUCUGCAAUAAGGGAGUUAUGAACAUCAAAGAGGUGGUGACAGAGGAAACCCUUGCCGGGUUGGGGUUUGAGUUUGUUCGGGAUGAGCUUCGCCACCAACCCGACCUACUGAGGGACAUCCACGGGGGGCAUCAGCCUGACCAGCUGAAGGACAUUCCUGAGGAAGGUCUUGACUGUGGUCCUUUUGUGGAAUUACAAGAUUCAGGAGAGGAGAUGGACAGCGAUCUCCUUCUCAGUCGCUUCACUGCAGGGAGGAAAAGGAAGAGAGAGACGAAGGGCCAGGGCAAACGUUCUUCAUCCUACCACGAGGAGAGUCCUUCUCGAGAGCCGGCCGUAAUUGUGGUGGAGGACCAAGAAGAUGCUACCCAGAAACCGGUGACCUACGAGGUGGCGACCGGGGGUCGCUCGACGAGGCUCUGCAUCCCUCCCCUGCCCCAAAGCCUAGGGGACGUACAGCUGGAGACUCUGAUCACUCUGCCUGCAGAAGACCAGGCUCGUAUCUUAGCAGGCUCCGAGGACGACCUUGACAACAUGGUCCUUUUGAGGCUCAGUCAGGCUACGCUGGGGAUGAUUGAGGUGGUCGGCCGGAAACGGGGUCGCCAGGCCGCCGCGGACGAGGCGAUGAAAGUAGCCGAGGCCAAGCAGAAGGAGCUGCAGGAGGAGGUCGCUCGACUCACCAGGGAGUUGGAGGAGAAAGAAAAUCGCUGCGCGGCGCUUGCUGUGGAGAAAGCUUCCCAGGAGAACCGCUGCGUCGCCCUUGAGGCAGACAAGGCCUCCUUGUCCUUGGAGGUAGAAUCUGUUUCUGCUCGAGUGGUCGAGCUGGAAGGGGAGAAAUCUGAUCUGAUCCAGCAGUUGGAGGUGGAGAGGAGCGAUUGGGUCCGCCAUGAAGAGGGAGCGGUAGAAUCCUUCAAGUCCUCUCCUGACUUCACGGUAGUCGCGAUGGAGCGGAUGGAAGAGCUAACGGCCGCUUGGCUCAAAACUGAACCUGGGGCUCAAUGGAUGGUCAAGGAGGGAACCAAGUCCUUCAAUUGCAGACUCUUCCACGCCCAACAGGUCUUCCACGACAGGCUGGCCCAGCUCCCCAAAGGAUUCUCUCUCCCCGACCUUGGCUUCCCUCCUCCUUGCCGCUCCUUGGCCGAGUUCGACCCCAGUCCCUAUCUGGACGGGGGGAGCUCGAGUGCGUCGGAAGAAGAGGAAGAAGAAGAAGUGGAAGGUGGUCAGAACGACCAGAAUCCAGGGGCCAGCUUAGCCAUGUCCAAAGCGGGUGGACCUUCCGGCUCGGCCGUCUAAAUCCCCCAUUGUUCCCCCAUAGCUUUACCAACACUUGCCUCUCUCUUUUCCUUCGGAAUGAUUUGUCGUUUUGAUACAAUGCUC